CGCAAACUGAAAAACUACAACCAUGUCGGUGUUUUCCGGUGUGCAAAACGAACCAACCCAAAGCGCCCACGGACCAAUGAGAAAUCGAGUUUUGUGUCACACGUCAUAACUGUGCUCCGCUGCUAUCUGUCGGAGGAGUGGAGGGGUCUGCUCUUCACAUGUCUCUGUUGGGGAGCAUACCGUCUAAUGAAACCGAGUGUCUGUUUUGGUGGGGGGGAUUAACCAUCCGGUACCGGUCUGCGUGAAAUAGGGAAUGAACGACGAGACAGCACCGGACAGCUGGAAGACAAACUCCGGGUGCUCCAGAUUUACAGUUGCGAUGCUGAGAUAUCCAUUGCCACAAUUUGAGGUAAUGGUUACAUUCAUAUUGAGCAAAUGCUGGCUGUGAGUCCCGGAAAGACGCCCAUCAGUCUGCUGCAGGAGUAUGGAACGCAGAUAGGCAAGACCCCAGUGUAUGACCUGCUGAAGGCUGAGGGACAGGCCCACCAGCCCAACUUCACGUUCCGCGUCUCCGUCGGAGAGAUCAGCUGCACCGGCCAAGGGCCCAGCAAGAAGGCAGCCAAGCACAAAGCAGCCGAGGCUGCUCUGAAGAUGCUCAAGGCAAGUCUCGGAAAUCCCGUCGGACUGGGUGUUGGAGAAGAAGGGUUUAUUGGAGUAAAAGUGUCCACGGAUGUAGAGAGCCCUCAGGCAGAGAUGAAGACAUCAAGCACUUCUCAGCAGUCUGAGUGUAACCCUGUUGGAGCUCUGCAGGAAUUGGUGGUGCAGAAAGGAUGGCGUUUGCCAGAGUACACCGUCACCCAGGAGUCUGGUCCAGCACACCGCAAGGAGUUCACCAUGACCUGCAGAGUCGAGAGAUUUGUGGAAAUCGGAAGUGGAACCUCCAAGAAGCUCGCAAAGAGAAACGCAGCGGCUAAGAUGUUAUCGCGUAUACACGAUGUCCCGGUCGACCUGAGGACCACCAACGAAGUUGAGGUCGAAGAGGACACGUUCAACAUGCACAUGGGGAGCAAAGCUGAUACGGGCAAAAGUAAAGGCUUCGGCUGCACGUGGGACUCUCUGCGUAACUCUGCUGGAGAGAAGAUCCUCCAGCUCCGCAGCCACCCUCUGGGCAUGCCCACUGACUCCAACUUCUGCUCUCUGCUCAACGACCUGUCUCUGGAGCAGUGCUUCGACAUCAGCUACCUGGAUCUAGAAGAGCGCAGUCUGAGCGGCCUGUGCCAGUGUCUAGUGGAGCUUUCCACUCAGCCAAUCACAGUGUGCCAUGGCUUCGCUCAGAGCAUAGAUGCAGCCCGAGCCAAUGCAGCCCACAAUGCACUGCAGUACCUCAAAAUUAUGGCCGGGGGAAAGUGAUGUCGUCUUCCUCCUCACAGACUCGAACUCAUCACCACACGACGGCACUUUUGUGAUGAGUUCAAAUAACGUGAAUUACCUCAAUUGUGGAUUAUAUAAGAUACUUUUUUCUGUCCCCAAAUUAACCCCAAGGACAUUUUUUGGUCACGUGGAUUUCUCAUCGUUGCCAAUGAAGAUAUAGCUGCCCAAAAACUCAUACCUCUCUCUUUGACAUUUUGCAUAUCUGUCAGAAAUUAUUUUAAUUUUAAUGCUUUUUUGGUAUUUUCUUUGGUUUGCCCAGCAUCCAUACUCGGCACUCUAUUUCCCUAAAAAGCUCAAGUCUAAAAAGUCUUUAUCUAAAGUGACACCUGUUGCAUACAUACAUACAAGUUCCUUAAUACCUGCAGAUAUAUUCUGAUUUCACAAACAAUGCAAAUGGAGUUGAAACUGGGUGAUGGAAUGACCAAAUACUGGUGCUGCGUUAAAACCACAAUCAUUGGUUGGUGAAUGGAAGAGAACAUGGAAACAUGGAGAGAAAAGGACUCUAAAAUAUCAGGGGAUAAUAAUUUUGAAGGCAGCCCUGUUUUCAGAUGAACUUAAUGAGAUGAUGUGGCCUUUGUUGUAUAUUCAAUCCAGCUCUAAAAAUACAGUUGGAUGCUCCUCGUGUUGGGCCUUAAAGAUUAGAAAAUUGAAAACGUAUCAUAGUAUCUCUGUUUAACAACUGAAUUUGGCAAAUAAACCUUUCUAGUCAUGUUCCUAAAAUAGAAAUGGUGAGAAAGAUCAGUAUGACUGAAACAUAUUGAUGGAAGAAAAGUUAAACUUAAAAAAGUAAGGCUCAUAUUUAUUAGGUCCGGAGCAGGAAUAGAGAAAGUAAUGUGUCUUUUAAUUGUGAGGAAAACUUUAAAAAAUCUCUCUACAACAUUGAAAUUACGUCACAAUCUACUCAUUGGUCCCAUUUACUCCUGGAUGUGCAAACAGUUUUGUAAAGUGUAAUUACCUCAGCUUUAAGACUCUUCUUUAAAACAGUCUUUUGCUUGUCUUACAAAGUACAAAGUCCUCUGACAAAGCUUGUCAUUUUCAAUAUCAUAGACCAGUCAAACAAGCUAUAAUAUUUUUGUUCUGUUAAGUUUAAAUGUGUCUUUGCUCAUCAUGCCUGGCACUGUUUCAUUUAUCAUUUAAACCCACUGUGAUUUAGUUUUUUUUGUCAAUGGGAAUAUGAAUCCUGUGAUAUUGGAAAGUUGAUCAUGGUGGAAUUUGGAAAUAUUCUUCUCCAACUACAUGCUGUGUCUAGUAAAAGGAUUCAUUACCAUGCACCUUGCUGUAUUUGUUUUGAUAUACUGCCUUGCACUCGGCUGGAAUGAGUAUUGAGUAUAGUGAACAGUUUGCACUACUUGACAAGAUAAUGACCUUUGCACAGUUUCCUUACUCCUCCCACCGGUGCAGUUCAUGUGAACCUCAUUCUCUGAAAAAAAGGCAGAUCUGCAUCUUGUUUUCUGAUCAUUCAAAUAAGGAACUUGUGCGGUUUUUGUGUGAGUUUUAGUACUCACAUCAUUGAAGUCUAUACUGACCUCAUUACAUUUGAGAAGAACUUCUUUGUUGUUGUAGAAGAAAAGGUUGCCCAGUUUUAGCUAAACGAUGAAAUAUAAUGUGAGAUCCAUGUGAAAUUGACUUAUUUCCAAUAAAACAUUUUGUACAUUU